AUUUCCCAACAAUGUUAAAGUAGUCUUUCAUCCCCUUUACUUCUUUUAAACUAUUCCUUUUCUCUUCUUUCCGACUAAACAAAUUGAAACUUGACGCUUGUAGUUUUAGCUACCUUUACUUUCGGACGGGGUGGGCCUAGGCUAGUCAAUCCACAGCCCAAGGAUUAAUUAGCCUGACCCGAACCCGCCAAAUGAACCUCUCGGUUGCCUGAACUUCGCCUGAACCCCAAAAACCUCCCACCGUAACAUCUUCUCCGGUCUUUUUUGAGUGGGGAAAGACAAUCGGAGAAAAUGUCGGGUUUCCCAUUGUCUUCUUCUUCCUCUACUCAAUCCUCGUCAUCAUCCCCUUUCUCCUCCUCCUCAAACCCUAGCUCCUCUGCCCCUUUCGCCUCUUCGUUCAGUAUAUCCUCCCCCUCCUCCGGCCCUAGCUUAGGACUAUCCAUCUCCUCCUCAUCUUCAGCCACUCCGUUCUCUUCCUUUUCUUUUGGGGUUAGCUCCGGUCAGUCUACAUCGAGUUUUACUUCGCCCCUCUUUCGUUCAUCUUCAUCUUCCUCAAGCUCCAUGGCUGCCCCUUCUGCAUCUACUUCACCUUCCCCACUGUUUGGUGCGGUCACUACCGCAUCAAGUUCGGCGUUGCUGCUGGUUGGUGCUGCUUCGUCGGCAGUGGGUACAGAAGAUGCAGAGAAGCCCAUUUUACCUGACGUUAUUGAGAAUUUCCAUAAACCUUUCAGUUCCAUCUUCUGGAGGCAUCUCUGGAUCAGACUGCAGCCAUCCUAUAUCAUCUGCAGAUCCCCGAACAGUCCUUUGUGUUCGUUCAAUAAGCCCGAGAACAAACAUUGGAAGUUUAGAGAAGUCCAUGGCCAAGUUAAGAAGCUUCAACUAAGAUUGCUUCUGCAUAUUUAAGCAAGCACAUUUGUGAGUAAAGAUCACAAAAAGGCACGAAACACAAAUCAGAGGAAAAGAAUAUCUAUUCUUUAUCUUUCUUCAAGGAAUCAUAACUGUUGGAACAAAUUGUUUGAGAUUUU